AUGGAAGGAGAAAAUCAAACAGCUCCAUUUGAGUUUAUCAUCUUGGGAUUCUCCAAUUUAAAUGAAUUUCAAUUUUUACUUUUCACCAUCUUCUUUGUGACUUAUAUCUGUACCUUGGGAGGAAAUAUCAUUAUUAUUUGGGUGACUAUGACAGAUUCACGCUUACAUACUCCCAUGUAUUUUUUUCUAGAAAACUUAGCUUUUCUUGAUGUCUGUUAUAUCACCACCAAUGUCCCCCAGAUGAUGGUGCAUCUUUUAUCAAAGAAAAAAAGUAUUUCCUAUGUGGGUUGCAUGGCACAACUUUUUGCAUUUAUUUUUUCAGUUGGGUCAGAGUCCCUGCUAUUGGCAGCAAUGGCAUAUGAUCGUUACAUUGCGAUAUGCAAACCCUUAAGGUAUUCUGUAAUUAUGAACAAGACCCUGUGUAGCCAGUUAGCAGCUUCAUGCUGGACUGGUGGUUUUCUCAAUUCAGUGGUGCACACGGUGUUGACAUUCCGUCUGCCCUUCUGUGGCAACAAUCAGAUUAAUUAUUUCUUUUGUGACAUUCCUCCUUUGCUGAUCUUGUCCUGUGGGGACACUUUUAUUAAUGAGUUGGUGCUGCUCUGCAUUGGAGUCUUCAUUGGUUGGAUGCCUUUUUUGUGUAUUGUCCAUUCCUACCUUUACAUAAUCUCUGCUAUCUUGAGGAUUCACUCCUCAGAGGGAAGAAAAAAGGCCUUUUCGACGUGUGCCUCCCACCUGAUCAUUGUUCUUCUCUAUUAUGGCAGUGCCAUCUUCACAUAUGUACGGCCCAUCUCAGCUUACUCAUUGGAGAAAGACAGGCUGAUCUCAGUAUUGUACAGUGUUGUUACCCCCAUGCUAAAUCCUGUAAUCUACUCUUUGAGGAAUAAGGAUAUUAAAGAGGCUGUGAAAGUUAUAAGGAGCAAGUGGCAAGCUUCAGGCUCACUGUCUUAUGAUUUAUAA